CUGGGAAUGUCAGCUAAACAGAGGAAUGUGAAGCUAAACAGAGGUUUUGCUUACUCUGGCCUUGCUUGGUGAAUAAUGUAUCGACUUCUCUUGGUUCAGAUGCUACAUUGUUGUUUCCUGGUGGCCCAUUCCUGCCCUACUCUGUGUACUUGUGUUUACCUAGGAGGGAGCAAUGGGACAGGUCUCAGGUCUGUUUUGUGCAGCGAACCCCGCAUGUCGGCCAUCCCCCUCAAUGCUCCAGCCGACACAGUCAAGUUUCGUCUGGAGAAAACCUCUAUCUCCAGAGUGCCCAGGGCAGCCUUCUUCUACCUGUCUGAGCUCCAGUUCCUGUGGUUGACCUACAACUCCAUCACCACCAUCCACCCCAGCAGCUUCCUUAACUUGAAGGUGUUGCGUGAGCUGCGAUUGGACGGGAACCUUCUCUCUGCCUUCCCCUGGGAGGGGCUUAGGGACAUGCCGCGGCUGCGCACACUGGGUCUGCACAAUAACCGCCUCUCCAGCCUCCCUGCCCACGCUGCCCUCUUUCUUCCCAACGUCACCUACCUGGAUCUGUCCAGCAACAGACUGACCACUCUGCCCUCAGAGCUGUUGGACCUUUGGUUCCCUCCCCCUGCCCAACUAACAGGCCCAACACAGAGAAGAGUGCUAGGUGUCCAUGACAACAUGUGGCAGUGUGACUGCCAAAUCUCUAUGCUGCUGGCCCAGUCUAAGUACCAGGAGAGCCCUGUAGUUCUGAUGGACCAGCUCCUGACCUGUAGCCGUAGCGGGGGAACCGCCGACCAGCUGGGGGCCCCCCUCACAGAGGCUGACUUGUCACGGUGCCAGAGGCCCUCUGUCCAGCCUUCAGCCACCCGGGUUACCUCCCCGCUGGGCAGCAACGUGAUGCUCCGCUGUGAUGCCACAGGCUACCCCACGCCAGUACUCACCUGGACCAAAGCAGCAGGAGCCUCCAUGUACAACACAGUUCUUCAGGAAUCUCCGCGUGUGGGAAUCCGAUGGUCCAUCAUCAACCUAAAUGGACUUUCGUACAAGGAUGCAGGAGAAUAUCGGUGCCAGGCACGGAACAUGGCAGGAACAGCAGAAGCCCCCAUUAGACUUAGGGUGGUGGGGGUGGUGCCCCCUUCCAUAAAGAGCAAGACCCGCAAAGCCCCUUCUAGAUCCUCAACCAGCAACAGAAAACCUCUCCCACAAAAGCCGAAACGGGCACAGAAUAUUACUUCAAUCUCCACCUCAAAAAAGAAGACUCUUCUGAACCUCAAGUAUGUUACACCCCCCACUCCAACGAACAAGACCCAGAGUAUCAAAAUGGCCCCGGUCCCCAUCCCCCUGAAAAAAAUGUAAUCGUCCUCAAGUACAUACCCAAAUGCAAAAAGGUCAAACAGAAAACCUCAGAUAUCUGUCAAUACUAUACCCACCUCACCAGAAAACACUACCACUACAUCGUCUUCACCAGAAAACAACAAGGACCAGAUGUAGUGGCCCUUUCAUCUAUUACUAUAACAACCCUUCUUAUUCUAUGCCUUUCUGUUGGUCAAUAUUUUAAGGAGCUCAUACAUGACCCUUUAAAAACAGAGUGAUCAGUGGCCAACAGAGGGCGUCCAGAGCCCAGAGACAUGAAUAGCAAACUACAGUUACUCUGUUUCAGUGACAACAAUUACCAUUGAGGAUCUGAUGUAUUAUUUUUCCAGAUUUGUUUUAUUUUGUUUUACUGUUUUUAGAGAGGUAACGCUUAUCACCCUCUUAUCUGUGUAAGAUCUGUACUUGUGCUAAAGAUUACGAGGACAUAUUCCUACAAGGACAUAUUCUUACUAGGAGCUCAGCUAUAAAGGGUAAUUCCACCACUUCAUAUUCAUUCUCUUCUCCACCAUACCAGUGUCUACAUGAAAAUGGUGCGUUUCUAUGAUCUCUGGUAAAGAGCAGAAAGGUCCUCAAAUGCUUCUCUAUGAAAUAACAGUGCAUGAUUAAAAGUAAGAUGUUUUUUUAAUCAUGGCUGAAUUACCGACCGGGCAUGAAGGCCACGUGCCCCCAUUGAUUUUGUUAGCCACUCUCACACAGAUAUAAUUCUAACAUGGCAUAAGUCAUGGCAAAAUGUGUAGAAUUUCAGGAAAUUAGCUUUAAAACAAAGGAAAAAAAAUCUUUACUCCAUGGCAAAAUCUGUCGAAUUGUAGGAAAUGUGCUGUAACACUAACAAUUUUCCUCUUCAUCUCAUAGCAAAUUGAGUAGGUAGCCUAAAGGCAGAUAGCCUAGCAGUUAAGAGUGUUUGGCCAUGAACCAAAAGGCAGUUAACCCCCAUCAACAACUGCUCCCUGGGUGCCAUGGACAUUAAAUAAGGCAGCCCACUGCACUUCUCUAAUUCUGAGGGGUUGGGUUAAAUGCAGAAAGCACAUUUCGGUUGAAUGCAUUCAGUUGUGCAAUUGACUAGGUUUCCCAAUUCCCUGAAAUUAGUUAUACAUUUGCAAAAUGUGUCCAAUUUGCCAUAAACGUGCUUUAAAGUUGCACAGUUUUCUCUGUGCCCAUGGUAAAAUGUGUAGAAUUGCAGGAAAUUAACUUUAAAACUAAAAUAAAUUAUCCGCGGUCAAGAAGGGGGGCCACUAAAAUGUUUUGCAUGUAAAGGCUAGUAAACUUUGAAAUGUGU